UACCUGCAAGCCUUCUCUUUGAACCUGUCGGGUCAUUGGAUCUUUUCCCCCCUCUCUUACAUCUUUCGCCGCCUUUUGCUGCAGCCGGGACGCUAGACAGACCCUCACUCGCUGUGUGUAACUUCACACUUGGUCCACUGCACACCUACUUCCGCGUCCAUCCAUUGGACAUUCACAGCUGUCGUUUCCGUCCUGCCGUCUUGGGUGUUUGUAACCUUCCUGACCUCUUGGUCCUGUCUAUAAACAACCCCGGAGCACCUCACACAUCUCGCCACCAUGACUUUCGACACAAAGUACGACCAUCACCUAGAAGAGGGAUUGCUGCCUGUUGUCAACGAGAAGGGGACCACGACGACAUCACCAUCAUCCAGGACGCCAAACAAAAUGACUGCUGCACGCCGUCUUCUGCUCACCGUCUUGGUGUGCGGCUUGAUGACCCUCAGUCUCGCCUCAGCUAUUGGUCACCAGGCAAGGCCUUGCACGAGAGAUCAUCAGGAACAGGUCCUGGUGGCAGAGGGCGAGGUCAAGGACGCUGCCAAAGUGGAUCUCAUUCACAGGCUCCUCCACGCCUACUUCCCCGACCGCUACCAGGAUGGCGUCUAUGCCUCGGACAAGGAAGCCAUUGCUGCUUUCCAGGCGGACGACGCCGAGCUGGCUUCUGCUCUCGGUCAGCUAGAGAAGCGUCAGGACAAUGGCACCUCGAGCGCUGCUCCGGCUGCCACUCCUACGCCGUCCGCCUCCGAAGCUUCCACGCCGUCUGCCUCAUCCGCGCCGCCGGCCAGUGACACCCCGACCCCGACUCCGACCCCGACGCCGUCUACUCCGGCCACCACCUCGGCUGCUCCCCCGGCGUCCUCCUCCGCAGAGGUCCAGCAGUCCUCCAGCACGCCGCAACAGACUUCGGCGGCGCAGACCACGCCCCAACAGUCAUCGCAGCAACCCGCCGCCUCGAGCACCCCCACGACGCAACAGACCUCAGCAGCAGCCCCUACUUCUGGCACCACCCGCCAAGGCACCACCACCACGCGCAGCACGCCCCGGACCACCUCGUUCAGCGAGGUCAAGUCUACCUUUACGUCGACCGCCUCCAACGGCGACGUUGUCCUUGUGACCGCCACGUCCUUUGUCGCCGUCGAUCCCGAACCCGCCGCCACCUCGGCCGGUUCCAGCGGCAGCGGCGGCAGCGGCGGUCUGCAAAACGUCGCCGUUCCCAUCGGCAGCCGGGUUUGGUUGGUUGGGCGGCACACACACAUACACAUCAGCAUCACAACUUACUUACGACAUUUUAACGGUCUAUUCACUCCUUGCAUACAAAACUGGUGGGCACAGCACAACAAUCGACUCAACGACACAUAGACUACGCGCAGCCAAUGGCGCCGAACUUUGAUUUUGGAGGGGAUAAUAGAAUGGGAGGCACACUGAGAAACAUCGUGGCCUCGGGGUAGUAUUAGCGGAGGACGUAAAGGAGGAGGAGAAGGCGUAAGCGUAAGCGGAAGAAAACAGGCCACCAUCACGAUGGGGUAAACCUGAAAUGUUAGUACAGUUCCUUGGCAGCUCCAAAGGGACUCGAGAAACAAACAACACUGAAGAAUUUCGUGCCAAAAAGAAUGAAAACAAAUCAUUUGACACACAUUUGUUUUGAGACAUGGUCCCCGCAUUCCUUGACACGUUCGAGAGUUGUUUUCGCCUGCAGUGUUUGAUUGCGGGACAGCCCGCAUUCCAAUGUAGUCUUG